GACGCCAACCCUUCCCCGCCCCUCUCGCCCAGCAGGCCCUUUUCCCCUCGGCGGCGGCGGCUCCUUCUCCUUCCCCCGGGGCGGGCUUUCCUUCGCGGAGGCGCCGCGGAAGGAGCGCCCGGAGAGUCGGGAAGGCAGGCGAGCGAGCGCCAUGGAGCCGGGCGGGGAGCCGAGCGGGCUGGCGCUGACGCUGGCCAACGGGAGCACGAUCGUGGCGUGCCUGCUGCUGAAGGUGCCGCAGCUGGCCGCCUUGGUGGGAGCCCGGUCGGCCCGAGGCGUCAGCCUGGGCAGCCUGGUCCUGGAGCUGAGCGGCUUUUUUAUUUGCCUGCGGUACAUGAAUUACUACAAUUAUCCUCUACCAACAUACAUAGAAUAUCCCAUCAUCAUUGUGCAAGAUAUCAUUCUUUUGCUUUUUGUUCUGCAUUACAGUGGCAAAAUGAUGCAUGCUUUGCCUUACACCGCGAUAUUUGUAGCAGGAUGGUACUUGUUAUCUCUGGAGAAAUGGCUAUUGGACCUAUCUAUGAAUUUGAGCACUGUCAUUAGUGCAGCAAGCAAACUUGCUCAGCUCCAAUAUCUUUGGGAAACAAAAGAUUCUGGACAAGUGAGUGCCACAACCUGGAGUUUGGCCAUCUAUACCUGUGCAACAAGAAUAUUUACAACUUUAAUGACGACAAAUGAUGUAACAGUUUUGGUCCGCUUCAUAGUCAUGCUGAUUCUUAAUACGUGGGUGCUUGCAACUGUACUGCACUACAGGAAGACGGCGAAGAAGACUGACUAAGAUGGGGACUCCAGCUCUUUUAAAUACUGUGCACCAAAAGGAAGAAUGGGACCAAUCUAAGACUGUAACUAGGACCAAAGCACCAUUAUGGUUGUUACCAUCAAUUCACAUCAUCAGGACAUGCUGUUCAUGCAGUGGAGACCACCUGUCAAUAGGAGCUGAACAGCAAACUCCCAAGUCUUUUGCCAUGCUUGCUCCUGGGGAGCAUGUUGUUUUGAUAAAAAAAAAAAAGUUAAUGGGUGAGCUAUAUUAUUUAGCACGCCUGUAUGCAUACUUGUAACUCUACUGAAAAUGUUUUGUUCAAGUAACUGUUCUUGAUUAAAUUCUCAGCAUACCUGUUAA